CCAAAUUUUUGAAACAGUUGAAGUAAAGAAACUGGAAGUGUAGUGUAGUGAGGAGUCUUAUCCGCUGCUCUGCUCGUGGGCACAUAAUCAAAAGGAUUAACAUUCAAAGUUUUUCUUUUUCGAAUCCAACUUUCAUAGUCUUCACCUCACAUAAUGCUUUCAAAUUCAACGUUAAUUUCUUCUUCUAUGUUUUCACCAUUACCUUCCACCCUCAUCGGUCCCCACAAGCUUUGCUCUUCCUUCAAAACCAUCUCAAAACAAAGCCACGCAUUUCUCCACAGAAAACCCUUUCUCCCGCACCACUUCAAUUUGGGUUCCAAAAAGGCCCUUUCUUCAGUUUGCUUCUUCAACACUGGAGACAAGGAAUCGGGAUUGGAAUGGCCUAUUCUCAGGCGAUGGGAGGUGCCUUGGAAAUGGCAAACAGUUUCAUUGACUUCUCUUGCUUGUGGAUUGGGUUUUGUGUUGACAGGUUUGACCGAAGCAGUUGCUCUGCCAUAUCUUGGGAUCAAACCUGAUGUACUAAGUUUAGAAGACAAGGCAGAGAUACUUUUGUUGGAUCAGGGCAUGACCACUGCUGUUGUACUUGGAAUAAUUUAUAGUGUUGCCAACAGUUUCCAGCCACUUCCUGAAGACUUCUUCAAAUACGAUUUGAGGGAGCCUUUCAAUCUUCAGAAGGGUUGGCUUUUAUGGGCUGGAGUUGGACUUGUUGGUUCCAUAAUUGCCACUACAUUGACCGGAGUUGCUGUGUCUUCCUUCAGUGGAGAAACCCCACAAAGAGAGACUGAUGCUCUUGUUCGCUUGCUUCCGUUAAUUGGAUCUUCAAAUCUCAGUACCGCCUGCUUGGUGGGUAUCGCAGGUGUUCUUGCUCCACUCCUUGAGGAGACUGUAUUUCGAGGAUUUUUUAUGACUUCUCUGACCAAGUGGGUUCCUACACCAGUUGCUGUUAUCAUCAGCGCCAGUGUGUUUGCCCUUGCACAUCUCACUCCUGGAGAGUUUCCACAACUGUUUGUUCUCGGGACUGCUUUGGGGUUUUCAUAUGCUCAAACUCACAACCUUCUCACUCCCAUCACUAUUCAUGCUUUUUGGAAUUCAGGAGUGAUAUUAUUUCUUACUUUUCUGCAGCUUCAAGGGUACGAUAUCAGAGAAUUGUUGCAGGCAACUUGAUGGAAACCUUCUCUCCCAUGCAUGGAUGUGGAGCAUCAUGUAUACAGUUUAGAAUACAUAACCAUUUCUUUGUUUAUAUACUCCCUUUCCCUGUUGUAAAACAUAAUCAGAUUGUUGUUUCAAACAGUGAAGAAUGGUGUCAGUGGGUUACCUUGUCUUAGGUCUUCUGUGAGUUUAAAUUAUGAAAUAUUAAUUAACUCAAAGCAAACAAUAAAAAAUAUUCUAGUUCCAGGCUAA